UAGUCUUAUACUUCUCUCUCUCUCUCUCUCAGUAUGAGAGUCUCUCCUUCUCCACCAAAAAAAAAAAGUAUGAGUCUCUGUUUCUGAAUUUGAAGGGCUCACGGAACACGGCAACACCCGAACUCUUGUGAGGCGGAAUCGACGGCGGCCACGUGCAGCAGCCGCCGAUCUCACCGAACCAACUGGACAGCCCCUCUCUCUCUCUCGCUCCUCAAACCCGCGUCUCAACCUGAGGUUCUGAGGUUAUUCGGAAAUAAAGAAAUAUAAACUAUUGGAAGAGGAAGGAAUCGCGAUGGAAGCCGAGAUGAUGAAUUUGGAUUUUUCAAAGGAAGCCGAGUCACUGCCAUCUGAAUCUGAUUUACUGCCGGGGCCAUCAGAAAGGUACAAACUCUACAUUUUAUUCUUGCACGUAUAUAGCCCAGUCAUGUAUACCUUGUAUGAGGUUGACAUGCCUCUCCAUCCUCCACCAUUGAGUGCAGUACAAGACGAUAAAAUACGGAAUCCAAGGCCGCUUACCCGAAUCCUCCAACUUAAAACCGGCAAAUACGCUGAUGAUAUGUGUUGUGUUCAAUUGGGCUCCAUGUUGUAUUUUUUGGGUGGUGAAAAUUUGGAUAUCGAUGACCCAUACAUUGAUGAAGAUGUAAAGAAGGAGCUCGCUGUUCGGGAUCUUUUUCCGAAAGACGUCUAUUGUUUUGAGCUAGCCAAUGACCACAACUACCGUGAACUGAAAGCCAGUACUGCGAUGAACUGUGGGAAGGCCAGCCCCCUGGCCUUUGUGGCCGAUGAGAAGAUUUACGUGAUUGGAUGCAGCCGCUGGGACUCAGAUGAAAACUUUGCUUACUUUGAGAUGUUUGAUCCUAAAGUUGAUAACUGGAUCAUCCUGCCAAAUCCUCCUCCCCUGAUAAGGAACGUGAACACUCUAUGGGUGGGGCAUGUUGUUGUGGGAAGAAAGGCUCUCUUUACAGCCUUGCUGCCGCACGAAACAGAGCGCCUAUAUUGUUUUGAUCUCGACACACAUAAAUGGGCAAACACAAGCAUCCCUGACUAUCUUGGUCAUUUCUCCGGCGACACUCAGUUUGUAGGGCGUAGGCUUUAUGGAUUUCAAUACGAAAAGGUAGCUGCAUUAGUCCCAUUAGAAGAAGAAGAAGAAGAAAAGGAGGAGGAGGUGGAGGAGGAGGAGGAGGAAGAGGAAGCAGAAGAUAAGGAGCUUCAACAAUUGUUUAAGCAUCACCGCCUUCAUCAAGUCUCAGAGGAGAUGGGUAUGGAUGCUAUUUUUAAUGUUCCUCCGCAGGUGCAAUACUCAGCAAGCCUGCUUCACUUGGGAAAGAUGUACUUUUGUUAUGUGAGGACUGGCAUGCCCCCUCAUCCGGAUCCGAAUUUUGGCAAUGGUUUCGUUACAGGAAACGACAAAAAACGUUUCAUUAGCACUGUAAUUUUUCAAGCCGUCAGGGAGACAUACGAAAAAAAUGGCACUAGAUUUUCCAAGGCAAAUUUCCUUCAUUCGGAGCACUAUGAAGUUAAUACCCCCUUCCCAAAUCGAGGUUUCCUCCAAGGCUGCUAUGUUCUUGGCUCGGAGGAGAACAAAAUCCUGGACAAAAUGCAUCAGCAGAAGGUUGCAGAGGUUGAAAAGCUAACCCAAACUGUUCGUGAGCUUUGAGAAGGUUGUUUUGGCUGGUGCUGGUGCUGCUAAUGCGGUGUGUGAUUAACAAAGAAAAGUGCAAGAGAUGAAUGAGGAGAGAAAAACUUUAGAACGGGAAGUGGCUCGUGCAAAGUUUACUGCAAAUCAUGUUGCCACUGCAGUUGCAAAUGAGUGGAAAGAUGCCAAUGACAAAGUGAUGCCUGUUAAGCAAUGGCUUGAGGAAAGAAAUUUUUUUCAGGCAUGUUACCCAUUCAAUGCCUCUUUAUCAUGUUCUUCAAAGUUCAUUUCUUCAAAGAAUACCCUAAAUACUGAGCAAGUAUUAUUGCUGGAAGUCACUCUCUAAUGGAUGUUUCUGCUACGGAUAUUCUUAAACAGUUGGUUCUGCUGUUAGUUUGUACUCAAUUAAUAUGUUUAUUUAUACGUUGAUUGAUUGAUCAAAUAAUCCCGGAAUAGGAAGUGUUUGAACUAACAUCAAAACAUAGUCUUCUUGUAGUGUGUUGGGUUUAUCAUCUAAUAACUGUAAGCGAGCUAGGAUUGUUUCAUGAUGCAUGGAAGAAAGAGGCAUGCUACCAUCUAUCCUUGUCUGUUAUGUUUAAUUUUGAUUUUUAUUGCCAACUAUAAAAUAGAAACCAGGAUGUUAAACAGGCUGUUAUCAGAAUAAGACUGGGUGACAUAGUUAGACCAAUAUGGAGUAUAGUGUUUCAAAACACAUACUUGCCAUGGAAAGCUGAAUAUUGUUGUUUUGAAGUACAAUAAAUUAUAAGGUAUUGUGAAGACUAAAUAUAGUUUUACAUAUAUUUUUAGGGAGAAAUGCAACAGCUUCGUGAUAAACUGGCAGUAGCUGAGCGCACCGCAAAGGCAGAAGCGCAGCUUAAAG